UUUCCAACCACACAACUUCCACGACCGCACACAAUUUCUUCAAGUAUCUCCCGAUAUGAUCUCUCCGACAACAUCCGAUUGUCCAUCUCAGGCUUAAUUCGAGACCUGCGGGUCAUCUGCCAUCUUAGGCUCCUUGUCCGCAGCACACUCCGCCAAACCCAACUCCGCCCAUCUUUCCCCGUCCUCCAACCACAACCAUGGCGCGUAAUUCAGAAAAGGCGCAGUCCAUGCUCUUCCGAUUUCGAGCAGCCCAAGCUGCCGAAUCAGGACUCCUCCCUACCGCCGGUCUCCGUCGACCCAAAGCCCCCAGUACCAUCAAUACAAUUCCAAUGUGCGAGAAGUGGCGCGGACAGAUUCUUAAAGAAGUCAGCCGCAAGGUCACAAAGAUUCAAGAUGAAAGCCUUUCGGACUUUCAAAUCCGGGAUCUCAAUGACGAAAUCAAUAAACUGAUGAAGGAGAAAUGGGGAUGGGAAAGACGGAUUCGGGAACUGGGCGGACCAAACUACAUGCGGAGCGGUGGAACUGUCUUUGACGACCAGGGGAGAGAGGUUCCUGGUGGCGGAAAGGGCUAUCGAUAUUUUGGCCGAGCCAAAGAACUUCCAGGCGUCAAAGAGAUGUUUGAGCGGGCGGCCAAGAGGCGCGUCCGUGGAGAUGCAGAUGACGACAAACCCCGAGCUGGCCAGGACAUCUCGAGGAAACAACUGGAUGCUACAUAUUUCGGAUUUGGUGUGGACCAAGAAGACGUCGCUUUAGCAAAGUAUGAAAAGAAAAAAGAGAAAGAGGCAGUGGAAAGGAUCAGCCGAGGAGUUCAAGACGACAACGACGACCCUACGUGGGAACCUCUCCCUGGCGAUACAGGCGAUGGCAUCGGCUGGCGCUUACCCACGCUCGAGGAAGUCCAGGAUGAGCUCGUCGAUAGACGAAGGCGGCAAUUACUGCAGAAUCUUGGAUGAGGCACAAGUCUGAGAACAAGCACGCCGAGCAAAUAUGGAACACUGGACAUUGUGAUUGACGAUAUCGACAUUGGCAAGUCUAGCAACUUUUCCUAUGAAGUGGCCCGGCCCACACGAUGGAAGCCAUCGUCGUCUGUUGAUGCUUGGGAUUUACUCAGUGACAGCUGACAUUUGCGGGUUCACGGGUCCCGUUCAUCAAGCAGCGUCGAAAUUGACUUUUCGACAACGGAAUCCUUUCCACCCAAUCUGGGCAUCUCCACGUCCAAUGCCUUGAGCGAUCAUGUCAACAUCGAAGAAUUGGAAUCCUCCCUCCGGGUAUACCACCCUCACUCGGGAGUUUUUAAUCCUCUGCUCUUUCGUAUUUCUCGCGUUGACCAGCGUUGUAUUGAGUUGAAGACCCAACUUGUUGGGCUGUUCACCCCACGGCGCGUACCCUGAGUCACAGAUGACUGAUACGUCAUACAUGAGUCCUUUUUUUGUCACAUGGCUAUAGAAUUCUUCGCAAUGCUUGUCUCCGCCCUUUUGCCCCCGCUUGAGCCGGCGAACUGCUUGCCAACCACAUUCGAACCCGGUGAGAAUCGGCUCGUCGAAGCGAUACACGCCGUUUUCAUAGUCCUUGGG